UCCAACACCGGGGUAGCCAGAGGCGUCGUCGUCGUCGUCACCAGCAUUAAGCUGAAGAGUCAAAGCCUUCAAGGUCCGACACCCUUCUUCUUCCUUCACGAAUUCCUCCAUUUAUCUGCUCUGGAAACUGCUCGCAAGUUUUUCUUUUCCUUUUCCUUUUGGCGUCCAUUAAUGGCUUCAAAAUCUCGUACAGUUGCGCUCUCCAAGUGAAAUCCCAAUAUUGUAUUUUUAUUGAUUUUUCUUCCAUUCUCUCCUUCUUCGUUGAUAUCUUCUGAAUCGUGUAGAAAACCCUUGCUCCACUGCGUAGUUGUACCUAAUUAGUCACUACUAGAAGAACCGGCUUGCUGCGUCGAAUUCGGGAUCAGCUUUUGAAUUGCUCGGUUGGACUUGUAUGGCCAAAGAAUUUGCAACGGGAUCUUACACCUGUUCUUCACCCAAUAGAACUAAGUUACAAGCACGCAAUUUGAAUGUGGUCUGUUUGGCACAGCUUUAUAUAGCAGACCGAUGCUGACGGAAGUAUGCAGUUGAUGGUUGGGAGAUAUGCAAAGGUAUCAUCCUGCCAGCUGCACUAGUGCAGUUAAUAAUAGUGCAAUAGGUGGGCCAUCAGCAAGGGAUGCUAUCCGAGCUGAUUCCUCUUCAUUGCCAGCUAAUUUUCCUUUAAAUUCCAGGCGGCCAGCUCCACUUGCACCAUACAAGUUGAAGUGCGAGAAGGAGGCUUUAAAUAAUCGGUUAGGGCCUCCUGACUAUUACCCUCAAACUCCUAGCUGUCCUGAGGAGAACCUCACUAGAGAGUAUGCGCAGUCUGGAUACAAAGAGACUGUCGAAGGGCUUGAGGAGGCCAGAGAAAUCUUAUUGACUCAGGUUCAAGCAUUUUCUAAGCAUCUCGUCAUCAAGUGCAAGGAUGCUAUAAGAAAACGUCUGAGGGCCAUAAAUGAUUCACGUGCUCAAAAGCGGAAGGCUGGUCAAGUUUAUGGUGUUCCCCUAUCUGUUUCUUUAUUAACAAAGCCUGGCAUCUUUCCCGAACAAAAACCUUGUAGUGAAGAUUUUCGGAAAAAGUGGAUUGAGGGUUUAUCACAACAGCAUAAACAUUUGCGAUCUUUGGCAGAUAAUGUUCCUCAUGGGUAUAGGAAAAGGGCUCUUUUUGAAGUUCUCAUUAGGAAUAAUGUCCCAUUGCUGAGAGCAACAUGGUUCAUUAAAAUUACUUAUCUUAAUCAGGUGCGCCCUAAUUCUGCUAGUAUAUCAUGUGGAGCAUUCGACAAAGCUCAGUUAUCGCGUACUGAAUUUUGGACCAAAGAUGUGGUUGACUAUUUGGAAUGCCUGGUGGAGGAAUUUUUUUCAAGAGGCAAUUCUCAUUUGACUCCACCAAACAAAGACCAGUCUCCGCAAAUGUUUUCUGUUGGGUUCCCACAUACAAAGGGUGAUCCUCCUUCAGCGAUCUUUGAUGGUGAAGAGCCUUCAUUACAUUUCAAAUGGUGGUAUGUGGUUAGGCUAUUGCUAUGGCAUCAAGCUGAAGGGCUUCUGCUUCCCUCUCUCAUUGUCGAUUGGGUGCUGGGACAAUUAGAGGAAAAUGAUGUUCUCGAGUUUUUGGAGUUGCUGCUGCCAAUUAUUUAUGGUGUUUUAGAUACAAUUGUCCUAUCUCAGACCUAUGUACGUACUCUUGUCAGAAUUUCUGUUCGGUUUAUCCGAGAUUCUUUUCCUGGUGGGUCAGAUCUAGUAGAUAAUUCAAGGAGAGCAUACACAACAUCUGCUUUGGUGGAAAUGGUUCGCUAUUUAGUUCUGGCUGUGCCCGACACAUUUGUUGCUUUGGAUUGCUUCCCAUUUCCACCUUGUGUUGUAUCACAUACAGUUAAUGAAGGGAAUUUUGGGUCAAAGGUACCUGAAGAUGCAACAAAAUUGAGAUAUGCUUCAGCAGAAGUUGCCAGUCCAUUCAGAAGUAAAGGGAUUGAUUUUCAGUAUCAAUCCUCAGCUUUUGAUAAUGUUGUUUCAUCAAUACAGAAAUGUACAGACAGUCUUGCAAAGGCAGUAAACCCUGAAUUCCCAGUUUGCAGCGUGGCUAAAGCUGUGCAUGCAUUGGAUAAGUCUCUACUACAUGGAGAUAUUGGAGUAGCUUAUAAAUAUCUUUUUGAAAACUGCUGUAACGGAUCCAUAUGUGAAGCUUGGUUUGAAGAAGUAAACCCGUGUUUAAGAAUGCCAUUGAAAUGGAACCAGACUGUCAAUGUGGCAUUUGCUUGUUCAGUAUUUUUUCUUUGUGAGUGGGCAACAUGUGACUACAGGGAUUUUUGGAGUGCUGCACCUCGAGAGCUAAAGCUCACUGGUGGGAAAGUUUUUUCUCAGGUUUAUAUUGCCACUAGGCUUCUGAAAAUGAAAGCCAGAGAUCUUCGAAGUUUAUCUGGACGUAAAUAUGAAAAUGCAAUUGGACUCAAUUCCACCAUUGUAAAGGGUUCUAGCCAUCAGAACAGUUCAUUUGGUAGGAAACCAGUUGGGAAUUUACAUGAACCAAAAAGUAGGUUGAAAAGGUCGGGAGGUGCUGGUUCUUUAGACUUGUUUGAAAGUCCAGGUCCUUUACAUGAUAUUCUUGUUUGUUGGAUUGAUCAACAUGAAGUGCAAAAAGGAGAAGGUUUUGAGCGUGUUCAGUUUCUCAUUGUGGAACUUAUACGUGCUGGUAUAUUUUAUCCUCAUUUAUAUGUAAGGCAGCUAAUAGUUAGUGGAAUUGUGGACUCCAAUGGCCCAGCAGUUGAGCCAGAUAGAAGGAGGAGACACCAACAAAUCUUGAAAUAUUUACCCGGAAGUUUUAUUCAUGCCACUCUGGAUGAUGGGAAAAUUGCACAAGGAGCACAACUUGUAGACAUUAUAAAUGUCUACUCCAAAGAACGUCGUCUGGUACUUCAUGGGCUCGAAUGGGAACAAAAAAGUGAUAUUAGCUGCGCAAAUACAUCAUUAAAUCAAAAGCGAAAGAUGUGUCCAACCUCCGACAAGGUUUCUAGUUCUGUUACUUCUGUGAACCAAUUGAAAUCAAUUAAGUCAUUGUCCAACAUGAGCACUACUAAAAGUAUCAUAAGUGAAGUUGACAUUGAAGAGCUGAAGGAAGCCAUAUCAUUGCUUUUACGGUUUCCAAACAGUUCAUCAACUCCCACAGAUACUGAUCUAGAUGAUACUACAGGGACUGCUAAGAAGUCUUUUGCAUCAGUAUAUGGGAAAAUAGAUAUUGCAGAAGCAACACCUGGGUGUGAAGAUUGCAGAAGAGCCAAAAAAAGGAAAGUAAGUGAUGAAAAGCCCUUGUACCUUCAUGGAUCUUCUUCACCAAUUCCAUCAGAUGACGAAGAUACGUGGUGGGUGAAGAAGGGGCCUAAAUCCUCUGAAACAUUGAAGGUUGAUCCACCGGUAAAGACAACAAAGCCAGUUUUAAAGGGAAGACGCAAGACACAAAGUCUUGCUCAUCUAGCUGCGUCUAGGAUUGAAGGUAGUCAGGGUGCAUCAACGAGUCAUGUAUGUGAUAAUAGGGUAGCCUGUCCUCACCAUAGAUCUGGAAUGGAAGGUGAUUCUACCAGACCAAUAGAUGCUAGCAAAAUAAAUCAUGGUGGUGAUAUUGCUUUUAUUGGAAAAAGUUUAAAACGACUUCGACUUACUGAGAAGCGAGCAAUUUCAAGUUGGUUUAUGACUGCUGUUAAGCAGAUUAUCGAAGAGACUGAGAAGACUAGCACAAAAGCUGGCCAAUUUGGUCGGUCCUUAACAGCUGUUGACGAUAGGAAUACCAUACGCUGGAAGUUUGGCGAGGAUCAGCUUUCAUCCAUAUUGUAUUUAACAGAUGUAUGUAAUGAUUUUGUUUCAGGGGUCAAAUUUCUCCUCUGGUUGCUGCCAAAAGUCCUUAUUAGUUCAAAUUCUACCAUGAACAGCCGGAGGAGCAUUCUACUUUUACCAAGGAAUGUAGAAAAUCAAGUGUGUGAAGUGGGCGAGGCAUAUCUAUUAUCUUCUCUCCGAAGGUACGAGAAUGUACUUGUUGCAGCUGAUCUUAUUUCAGAAGCGUUGUCAUCUAUAGUCCAUCGUGCUAUGGCUAUUAUGGCUUCAAAUGGCCGUAUUUCAGGCUCUGCAGCGGUAGUUUAUGCUCGACAUUUAUUGAAAAAGUAUGGCAGCAUACCUAGUGUCAUUGAAUGGGAGAAGAGUUUUAAGACAACAUGUGACAAGAGACUUAUUGCUGAACUUGAUCCAGCAAGUUCAUUGGAUGGAGAGUUGGGGCUUCCACUUGGAGUUCCUGCAGGUGUGGAGGAUCUUGAUGAUUUUUUUAGGCAAAAGAUUGGGGGUGGACGACUCUCUAGAGUUGGAAUGAGUAUGCGAGAACUGGUACAGCGACAAGUUGAUGAUGCCUUUCACUAUUUGUUUGGAAAAGAUAGGAAAGUCGUUACUGGUGGUGCGCCGAAGGUGCUUGCCUCAGAGAAAUCAGCUGAGGGAUAUCAGAUAGCUCAAAAAAUAAUUACAGGAUUGAUGGAAUGCAUCAGGCAUACAGGUGGUGCUGCUCAGGAAGGUGAUCCAUCCUUGGUGUCUUCUGCUGUUUCAGCUAUUGUUGGUAAUCUGGGUUCAACUGUGUCUAAGAUGGCUGAUUUUAUAGCUGGAGGAUGUUCGAAUUUUCCAUCCGCUUCUGGUUCAUUGGACUUUGUUAGGCGCAUUUUAUGCAUUCAUAUUACCUGCCUAUGCCUUCUCAAGGAAGCUCUAGGAGAACGUCAAAGCCGUGUAUUUGAGAUUGCUCUUGCAACGGAAGCCUUUUCUGCACUUGCUGGAGUAUAUCCUCCUGGGAAGCCAUCAAGAUCUCAGUUUCAAUUAUUAGCUGAUUCCCAUGAAUCUAACGCUCAUGUCUUUGGUGAUAGCACCAAAGUAAUAGGUAGAGCCACAAAAAUUGCAGCAGCUAUUUCUGCACUUGUCAUUGGGGCAGUUAUUCAGGGGGUUUGUAGUCUGGAACGGCUGGUAACACUCUUUAGGUUAAAAGAAGGAUUAGAUUUUAUUCAGUUUGUUAGAACUACUAGGUCAAAUGCAAAUGGCAACACUCGUACAAUGGGAAUGCAUAAGAUUGAAAGUUCCAUAGAGGAUUAUGUACAUUGGUUUAGGUUGCUUGUUGGAAAUUGCAGAACUGUGUUUGAUGGGUUGAUCGUGGAGCUACUAGGUGAGCCGUCUAUUGUGGCACUUUUUAGAAUGCAACGGUUGCUUCCACUUAGCUUGGUCCUAUCUCCUGCCUAUUCAAUAUUCUCAUUUGUUGUAUGGCGCCCUUUUAUCCAGAAUGCUGCUUUUACUGCUCGUGAAGAUGUGAAUCAACUGUGUCAAUCUUUAACAAUCGCAAUUGGUGAUAUUGUAAGACAUUUGCCUUUUCGAGAUGUUUGUUUAAGGGAUAGUCAGGGUUUCUAUAACCAUUUGAUGAACGAUACCAGUGAUGUAGAAUUUGCUGCUAUACUGGAGUUGAAUGAUAUUCCUUUGAAGCCCAUGGCCUUUGUUCCUCUACGUGCAAGGCUAUUCUUGAAUACUAUUAUUGAUUGUAAGUUGCCAAGUUCUGUGUACAAUCAAGAUGAUGGGAGUAGGAUUUCGGGAGUUGGUGAUAGCAAAGGUCAUUAUUCUGAGAGAAAAAUGAAGUUGCUGGACAGGCUUGUAUAUGUUUUGGAUACCUUACAACCUGCAAAAUUUCAUUGGCAGUGGGUGGAACUUAGGCUUCUUUUGAAUGAACAAGCCCUUAUCGAGAAACUUGAGACACUUGAGACUCGAGAUCUGUCCUUAGCUGAUGCUGUUCGUUUGUCGUCACCAAGUCCUGAAAAAGUAGCUGCUUCUGAUAAUGAGAAGAAUUUUAUUGAGAUUAUUCUUACAAGGUUGUUGGUCAGGCCUGAUGCUGCACCUCUUUUCUCAGAUGUGAUUCAUCUUUUUGGCAGGUCUCUUGAAGAUUCAAUGUUGUUGCAAGCCAAAUGGUUUCUUGGCGGUCAAGAUGUCCUAUUUGGAAGGAAAUCAAUACGACAGAGACUAACUAAUAUUGCCGAGAGUAAAGGUCUAUCGACUAAAACCAUGUUUUGGAAGCCUUGGGGUUGGUGUAUUUCUGGCUCGGAUUCUUCUUAUCUUGAAGAAGGAGAGGUUGUUGAAGAAGGCACAGAUUCUAGCAAGUAUAGCCAAAAGUCUGUUGAAAUGCUUGACAACGAAGUCUUGCAUUCCAGUCAGCAACAUGUGACCGAGAGGGCUCUUAUUGAAUUAGUUCUUCCAUGUAUAGAUCAGAGUUCUGAAGAAUCACGCAACACCUUUGCUAAUGAUUUAAUCAAGCAGUUGAAUAAUAUUGAGCAACAAAUAAAUGCAGUUACUUCAGGGUCAAGUAAACAAACAGGACUUGUGCCCUCAGGGAUAGAGGGCCCUACGAGCAAAGGAAGUAAUCGCAAAAUGAAAGGAGGCAGUCCUGGAUUAGCUAGACGUUCAACAGGCUCACCAGAUUCUCCUCUACCCUCACCUGCAGCUUUGCGAGCAUCAAUGUCGUUGCGUUUACAAUUAAUAUUGAGGUUACUUCCGGUCAUCCUCGAAGAUAGGGAGCCAUCAGGACGGAACAUGAGGCAUAUGCUUGCCUCUGUCAUCCUUCGUCUUCUUGGCAGUCGAAUAGUUCACGAGGAUGCAAACCUUACCUUUUGUCCCACCCAUAGUUCGAUGGUAAAGAAGGAAGUAGAGUCAUCUUCCGAAGCGUCACUUGCUAUAUUUGCAGACCUACCAGGUGAAAGUCUUUUUGGUAGUAUGUUAUUGAUUCUACAUGGGCUAUUGAGCAGUUGCCAGCCAAGUUGGCUAGGUUUGAAAAUUGCUGCUAAGUCGACCAAUGAAACAAGAAAGGAUUCUACUGCUCUUGUUCGUGAACUGGCUGAAAGUUUACAGAAUGAAUUGCACCACAUGCAACUACCUGAUAUGAUUAGAUGGCGCAUCCAAGCUGCAAUGCCCAUUCCACUUCCUUCUGCUCGGUGCCUUUUAUCUUACCAGCCACCAACAAUAUCUCCAUCUGCCCUUUCUCCAUUUCAAUCCAGAAGUUCCACUCCUGGACUUGGUUCUGGAAAUAGUAGCAUGCCUCAAGGGGGCAAAGUAGCGUCACCAAGGGUUGUGCCUAAUGCACCUGGGAAGUCGAAACAUUUGCCACCGCAGCAGGAUUAUGAUACAGAAAUUGACCCUUGGUUGCUUCUAGAAGAUGGUGCUGGAUCAAGUCAAUCUUCCAGCAACGCUGCUGUAAUUGGUGCUGGAGAACAUGCGAAUUUCCGAGCAUCUUACUGGCUUAAAGGGGCUGUGCGGGUGAGACGGACAGAUUUGACGUAUAUUGGCGCAAUGGAUGAUGACAGCUGAUCAUUUAUUCACUGAUCUUUUUAUUUUAUCUGGAGCUAGCAAUCCCCUCAGCAGGUAAAUUCUCGCAUCCUGAAAUUGCCUAAAAAUCAGAUCAAGAUGGUAAUCUUGAGCUCGUUUGAAGAUGAAAAGGAUAUCUGUUGUGACCGGGAUAAUUUUUUAUGGGGUGGGUGACCAUCGUGGAGGUAAUCUGAAAGAUGAUGUUCACACACAUCCAUCCUACAAGGUGUUGGCCUAGCUCGGAUUCUAACCCUUCAAUUGUCCUGCGUUCGGAACUGCAGGGUGCGGUUCGGAGGUUUGUUGUAUAUAUAGGGAUUAAUUGUUUCACUUCACUGAUUAAUCCAAAUGGAAAAAAAUCAUAAUAUGGUCUGUUAGUUGCAUGCCCAUUACUCUCCCCCUCCCUCCAGAUAAGCUUUGCAGCUGUUUAUUUUGUAGAGGUAUGUUUGAAAUUCAUUUCUUGCAUUUUGUGAACUAGACAGCCAUUCUUUACUUGGUCAUAUUAACUGUUGGAAUUGGAAUUGGAAUUGAGAGAUACUUCCUACUGUCAU